AUGCGUGGACCUCUGCUUCUUUCGGUGCUGUGCGCCUCAUUCGCCUCGUCGCUGCUGGUCGGCGCAGCGCCUGCGCCCCUUUCACCGCGCGAUUCGACCGCCGGACACCGACUCGCCGUUCGCGGCCCAGGGGACGACGAUGCCACAACUCGUCGAACAAGCUCUGUCCGAGGCCGAGUAGUGGAAACCACUGAACGAGUUAGGGCAGAAGCCACAACUCGUGCUCGGACUACUACAACUGCGGCUCGAGUGGCUACAACGACUCCUGCGCGUGAGGCACUGCGCACGACGACCUCUGCCGCCGCCGUCGUGGCGGCGGUUCGUACCACCGCCAACAUUCGAGCUUCCUCGGGGUUCAUUACUUCUUCAUCAAGUGACGUAAGAGGCCGUACGACGGUCACAACAACCAAUGCUCGCGCGGCCUCAGCCUCGGCCCGACCUUCGUCGGCAGGCGUGUUCUCGGACGCGAACGGUUUUUUAAACUCGUCGUCCAAAGCGUUCCCCUGGGUCAUCCUCGCCAUCGUUUCAGUCGGUACGUCUACUUCAUCCCUACCUUGCACGUUUGAUCCACCGACCGACUUAGCGUUUUCACUCUGAUACAUCAGCUCUGCUUGUCAUCAUCGGUUCAUUCUACUUGAUCAAGCGCCGAUGCUAUAAGGGCCGUCUCGAGGAGAUGGAUGAACGUGGCGAUUCGGAUACGCACUCCAACUGUUCGCAAUUCACCUAUUACGCCGCCUCGUCCACCAACCUUCAUCGCUCCGACACCGUCAAAAGUCACAUCUCGAGCACGGGGUCGGAGAUCCUCGACUCAUACGAGGAUGAGAAGCACUUUGACGAGGACAAGCAACCCUUCGGUUCUCUCCAAGUUCGAUCAGAGAGCAAGGCCGCUUACUUGGGAUGGGACACUUUGCCACCUUCGGCCGCCAAGCCCCCUUGUGCCUUGUAUGCCCAACCUCGACGCGCAAGCUGUUAUGCCGAGCCCGCCCGCCCCGAAACGACGCUGCAACUUUCCACCCGCGAACUUCAAGAACAAGCGCGUCGCUCGUCCAACAGCCUCAUUCUUCCCCCCGUCGCUACUAACAACGAUGGUAUCCGUUCGGCCAACCGAUCGUCGACCACACCUCCUUCAUACCGAUCCGCCUCGGCGCCUUCCAUGAUCCAAUCUCAACGAGUUGCCUCUCCCAAUCCUCACCCUCUCCUGAUGCUGCGCAACACCAACUCCUCUUCCACACUAGUCGAACCUCGCUCGGUUGAUCCGAACGCACGACUUUUCGACUUGCCUCCCGUUCCUCGGCCUUACCAACCUUCAGUUGGGAGCUCGUUGAAGUACGCUUUGAGUGAUGACUCCCAUACCAGCAACAGCGAUGCGUAUGCUGUAUAG